AUGGCUCACCUUGCCCGGCCGAAACGUGCUGCGGAAGACUUUGCGCGAACCCAUCACGAGGACGCUGACCUUGGACAAGCUUCCAAGAAGCCUCGGUUUGAUCUGCGUAAUCCAUCUGCACUCGCCCCAGACGCACCGGAGGACGAUGUCACUCUGGACGCCGAUGUCAUCGGUUCCCGCGGACAGCAGGUGCGCCGAAACGCAGUCAACAUUGAUGGCUACGAUUCAGACUCGGAAAAUGAGGGAUUCGAUGGGCAAGCAGCGGCAAAGGCCAGGGCAAAGGAAGACAAAACCCAGGACGAGGAGACUGGGGAUAUGUUCGCAGAUCUAGAGGACGAAUUCAGAGACGGAGAUGAUUCUGAAGGUGACCUUACACAAAAAGGGCCAGGGAAGAGGAAGGCUGUAAGGUUUCUAGAAGCAGAUGAGAUCGAGGGCCAGGUAUUCAAUUCAAAAAGUGGUGGCCAUGUAUCCGCCAAUUUUUCAGCAGAUGGAUCCACAAAUGGAAUUGCCAAUGGGCUCGAUCGGGGUCGGACGGAAGCUCAGGAAGUCGACUCAAGCAGCGAGAGCGAUGUCGAUGAUGAGACUCGUGCCGAGACCGGGGAAGGUGUUGAUGAAGAACUGGGCGCUGGUGCGAAGAAAACCCAUGCGCCGAAGCUGGAUGCUUUCAAUAUGCGCAGCGAGCAAGAAGAGGGCAGAUUUGACGAACAAGGCAAUUUCGUGCGGAAGGCGGGAGACCCAGACGCAGUGCAUGACUCGUGGCUAGAAGGAUUGUCAAAGAAGGAUAUGCGAAAAGCGAAAGAAGCAGCCGACAAGAGGGAGGAAGAGAGAAGACGAGCAGACACUCAGAACGACGCCGUACUUACGAGCGAUGCGUUGAAGACGUUGAUACCGCUGCUCGAACGCGGUGAGACAGUCCUUGAAGCCCUGGCACGACUAGGAAAAGGAAAAGAGAGGAGGCCGAAAUGGCAGACGAAGAACAGAAAUAGGAGGAAACAGGAUAUCGAGGGGAAAGAUGCUGAGAUGGAAGAUGAAGAUCAAGCAGAGAUCAAAAGAAAAGCUGCUGUAGAAGCUAUAACGGAAUCUGCAGACCUCAUACUCGGCCGGGAUCAGCCUGAGAUAUAUGAUGCAGAAAGAGAAUUGCUAAUGCGAUUAUAUCGACGAGAAACAGGAGAGGAAUGGGUUGAUCCGCCGAGGCAUGAGACAGAAGAAAAUGGUGUCGAUCUUGGGACUAAAAUGUGGGAGUACCGAUGGUCUGAUGCAAGAGACGGUGGGGAAGUUCAUGGACCAUAUGAAGGUAGCAUGAUGGUGCAAUGGAACGACGCAGGAUAUUUUGGCGAUGGGGUAGAAUUCAAAAGGGCCAACGACCCGGGCGAGUGGAGCCGGGUGGUCGAUUUCUUGUAG